AUGGGGACCCAAACGAUGGGCUCUCAAGGAGGUGAUGGAGAUAGUAAUGGAAAACAGUCACAAGGCCAGCCUUUGGUGCGACAAAACUCAAUGUACAGUCUCACACUUGAUGAGGUUCAGAAUCAAUUGGGCGAUUUGGGGAAGCCGCUAAGUAGUAUGAAUCUGGAUGAGCUUCUAAAAAAUGUGUGGACCGUGGAGGCAAACCAGACCAUUGGUAUGGACAAUGAGGGCACAGCACAGGCUAGUCAAGCUGUUCUGCAGCGUCAGGCUAGUCUGUCGCUAACUGGUGCACUAAGCAAGAAGACCGUGGAUGAGGUUUGGAAAGAUAUUCAACAAAACAAAAUCAUUGAGGAGAAGAGGUUCCGAGACAGACAGCCUACUUUAGGAGAAAUGACAUUGGAGGACUUCUUGGUGAAAGCUGGAGUUGUUGCAGAAGCAGCUUCUAAUCGAAAGAAUACUGGUACUGUUGCUGGGGUUGAUUCAAGCAUGACAGUACCUCAGUUUCCUUCUCAAGGACAAUGGAUACAAUAUCCACAAGCACAAUAUCAGCAUCCACAACAAAGUUUAAUGCAGAUUUAUAUGCCUGGCCAGGGUCUGGCACAACCAUUACACUUGGGAGCUGGAGCUUCAUUGGAUGUUUCGUUUGCAGAUAAUCAGGUGGCAUUGCCAUCCCCUCUGAUGGGAACAGUGUCAGAUACGCAGACUCCUGGAAGAAAAAGGAACACUCCUGAAGACAUGAUGGAGAAGACUGUUGAGAGGAGACAGAAAAGGAUGAUUAAAAAUCGAGAAUCUGCUGCCCGUUCAAGAGCAAGGAAACAGGCUUACACAAAUGAAUUGGAGAAUAAAGUCUCGCGUCUGGAAGAGGAAAAUGAAAUGCUGAGGAAACGAAAGGAGCUAGAGAAGCUGUUGCCAUGUACACCACCUCCUGAACCAAAGUAUCAACUUCGCCGAAUAGGAUCAGCUCCAUUCUGA